AUGCCCUACGCGUUCAUCCGAAGGGUGGGAGGAAAGGGAGAGGGUUGGGUUGGUCAUGCGGCCAGCAAAUCAAGGUGCGACUCGAUCCCGGGUGGCUGUUCGAUUGCUACUCGUGCGUACCCAACCAUCACUAGCUCGAAAGGGGAACCACUUGGCAAACCCCGCUUGGAACUCGAGAAACGUCCCCUCCGCUGUCGGAACAGAGCCGAGACGGCAUUGCGUAUUUAUUCACACGAGGCUCAUCCUGGCCAGAUCCGAACAGACCAGACCAGACGGUCGACUUUCCCGAGGUCAUCAUCAUCGGGUAACGUUGGCCACACGCUUGGGCUGAGAGACAUGAUGACACCGCCCGACACCUGUGCCAGCUCUCGUGGGAGGCGACGAUUUCACCACGCCUGCCACGCCUGCCGGUUGGUCUGCCCCGAUCCCGUCCUCGCCAUCGUCCCUCGUCAUCGUCAGACCCGUCUCGUUCCCUCUCCCGUCCGGCAUGCUGAUGGAGACGCAGGAGGAAGAAGACGCGAUGCCCCGGCGAGAAGCCAGCUUGCUCGAGCUGCUCGCGGCUCGGCCAGGCCUGCUCCUACCCGGCCAUACGACGACCCUCGCACGGAGAACGAUCCGGCAAACCGCGCAUCCCGCCCGGAGCCGUCCUUUGAUGAUGGCUUGGGUUCGUCGGAGAAGUCAUACUCGGUCACGCCCCCUGCUCCCGCUCCGGCGGCCGCUUCCACCUCCGUCUCGGCUCCCCUCGAGCCGGAGAUCGGCACGCCGACGGUUGGGUUUGGCGCCGACGAUCCCGUGGCGCGCCAGAACGUGUGCGACAUGGCCACCAGCAUUGAGCUCUACUUCAAGUACUGUCACAGGCAGCCGAUUUGGUGCUUCGAGCGCGAGGACGUCGGCGACUACGGCGCCAUCCCCGGGGAUCUUGCCUGCAGUAUCCAGGUGCUGACGUGUCGCUUCUCGGAGAAGCAAAAGCAGAUGCAGCAGCAGCUCUACCGCGACAAGGCACGAAGCUUGGUCAUGUCGCGCAUAUUGAACGGCUCCGUCGAGCUCGUCACGGUCGAAAGCCUGUGCUUGCUAUCGUACUCCUACUUUAUCGAUGGGAGCUUCCAACUCGGACAGUUUCACCUCGGCGUCGCCUUGCAGCUGUGUCGAACGGCCGGCCUGGACCUGGAGUCGGCCUACGCCGCCGGAGAGGGCCAAGUGGAGCGCAAGAGGAGGGUCUUCUGGAGCCUCCAGCUGCUGGAGCAGUACUACGGCCGGACGGACGGCCUGCUGCGGGUCCCGACCGACACCUGGCGCCCGACCUCUCUCUCCACCGACGGGGACCAGGCGGAGCUCGGGCGACAGAGGCCGUCCUUGCCCAGGGAUGAGCUGGGAUGCUCCGAUCGGGACGAGCAGGGCAUUUGGAACACCAGCGUCCAUCUGGGAUGGGUCUGGAGCCAGGUUCGGAAAUACGUCUCCGACUGCGCACAGAACAUACUCCGAGAACCGUGGCGGCGCGACUCGACGUACGCCAAGGUCCUGUCCGACUUCAUGGAGACGGAGCACAGGAUCCCCAUGUGCCACCGCUACGACUCGGCCAAGUUUUACCAGCGCAAGGUCGAGGAGCUGAGGAUCAACCGGAGCUACUGGGCGCCCUGGUUGAAGGAGCAGGUGACGUACCACGCCAUCAACACCGUCCUCCACCACCCCUUCCUCUACAUCAUCGGCGCCCAGCACAACCCGAACCUGGCGAUCCCCAACACCUUCUGGAGGAGGUCGUCGGAGCUGGCCCUGCUGCACUCAACCUGGAUCGUUCGCCUCAUCGACAUGAUCAUGGACCGGCAGGUACCCUUGACCGACCCGUUCUUCGCCCACGCGGCGGCCAUCGCGGCGACGGUGCAUCUGUACUACUGCUGCGCGGCGGCGCCGAAGCUCAAGCACAAAUCCAACGCCGACUUUGCCAAGUGCAAGAGGUUCCUGAAACGAUUCGUGCACUUUUCGAACGCCUGCCGGACGCUGGACCGCACCCUCGACAGGAUGAUUCAGCUCGCCGCCGGCCCGGCGGGCCCCGAAAGCGAGCACGUCGAAGACUGGAUGCCGUCCAAGAUUUACCUCAGCGUGCCGCUGAUGUGGGAAAUCCUGCAGUUCAAGUGCAGCGGGGAUUCGGAGAGGACGACGACGGGGUUGCUGGGCCCAUCGCUCACGCCAGCCGUCGACGACGACGGCGGCGGGGAAAGUUGCAUGCUGGAGAUUAGCGGCACGACGUCACCCGAAAUCACCAUCAACACGGCGGACGGUGGGCAGGAAGCGCCGGUGAGCACGCUCUCGUACAGGACGUCGGACAAACCUUGCGCGCGGGACUCGCCAUGGAGCGCCGACUGGGAGGAAGCCAACCUGACGCUGCAUUUCACUCCGUGGCUGUACGCAAACUCGGCCCACCUCAUGAGCAUGGAAGACGUGGAAACGGAUGGGGCGCACAUCGUCAUGGGUGACGGGGUCGCGUGGUGGGAGGACGAUAAUUUGAGCAAUUUCAUGCUGCACGAUCUGUAG